AUGGCGUCAAUAGAAAACCUCCCAACAAACACUGUUGAACUGACGGUACGCUGCGCCUUCCAGGCUUCUAAGGACAUCAAAGUUCUUUGUCCGCUGCAUUGGACAAUUCGAAUGUUGAAGGAGCACCUUCACCAAGCUGUAACUUCUCAAAGGCUCAUUUUCUCAGGCGCUUGCCUCACAGAUGAUAUGAUUAUCAAGGAUGUCAUAGACCAACGAUGGUAUGAGUACCAGAGUUUCAUGAUGAGCCAAAUGGGUUACGCUGCUCCCCUUGGGCAGCAAAUAGGCACUGGUGGAAACAACAGGCAAACGAUGAACAUACCUAUCGCACGUGUUCUUACCGCUCGUGAUGGCCACGCCGGUGUUGUCCCGCCUAAUCAAGCUGAUGCUAAUGUGGUUCAGGCAGCACAACAGAUUCCUGCUGAAGCAAACGUCGCCGCCGCCGCUGCUGUUCCUGGAGGAAGACGUGACGUUCUAGACUUGGUUUAUCGAGCUUUCAGAGUGUUAUUGUUUCUGUCGGCAGUGUUGCUCUAUUCUUCUGUUGAACGUUUCUUAGCUGUUAUUACAAUCGCACUGUUCAUUUUCUUCAUUCAACUGAGGAGAAAUCAAGAAAGACAAGCCCGUGUGUCUGGACCUGCGGAGCCGAAUGUGAACAAUAACAAUGCAGGCGAACAGUCACACGGUGCUGCCGAGGAGGUACAACCCGCAUAUAUUGCGCCAACACCACCGACUGGUUUUCAGAUAUUCUUUGCAACUUGCUACUCAUUUAUUACUUCAUUUUUCACGUCUCUUGUACCGGAUCAUCCUGUGCCUAUAGACUUAAAUUAG